GAGCGAGGAGGCGCGGCUGCGGGGAGCCGAGCCGCUGGGGCGCAGCAGCCAAGCCGCGCCCCGAGGAGCUCUUGGAAGGGCUCCCGCCCGCAGCUGGGGAAUCCGCUCGGCGGGGAGAAUCCGUGCCAGGGAAUCCAGCUCUCCGGACCCGAGCUGCAAACAAAAAGCGCCAGGUUUUGCUCCCUCCUUCCGCCUCCCCCACCCGCGACGCGCACCCAGAGGCACAGUUUUCUGCAGAAAUGCAACAAGUAGCACCCCGAGUCCGCGGAGCGUCCCGCGCCGCCUGACUUGGCAGGACGAAGGGCGCCUGCAGAGAGAGACCCAGGCCGGGCUCUGGACAAAGGGAGGAGGGGCUGGACGGCGCAGCGGAGUCCGAAAGAGGCCUCUUAGAGACUCUGGGGAGGCCAAGGGGAAUGCAGAGGAGACACAGAGCCGACGGGCGAAGAGGACGGUCCGGCGGCAGCACGCAGGGCGGGCGGCGAUGGAAGCUGCCGGGGCCGUGCGCUUCCUGCUCGUGGUGUGCGGCUGCCUCUCGCUCCCACCGAGGGCAGAGCCCGUGUGCCCCGAGCGCUGCGACUGCCAGCACCCUCAACACCUCCUGUGCACCAACAGGGGGCUCCGCGCCGUGCCCAAGACUAGCUCGCUGCCGAGUCCCCUGGACGUGCUCACCUACAGCCUCGGCGGCAACUUCAUAACCAACAUCACCGCCUUCGACUUCCAUCGCUUGGGCCAGCUCCGACGGCUGGACCUGCAGUACAACCAGAUCCGUUCGCUGCACCCGAAGACCUUCGAGAAGCUCUCGCGGCUGGAGGAACUCUACCUGGGCAACAACCUCCUGCAGGCGCUCGCCCCGGGCACGCUGGCACCCCUGCGCAAACUGCGAAUCCUGUACGCCAAUGGCAAUGAGAUAGGCCGGCUCAGCCGCGGCUCCUUCGAGGGCCUGGAGAGUCUGGUCAAACUGCGGCUGGACGGGAACGCCCUGGGGGCGCUGCCCGACGCGGUCUUCUCCCCGUUGGGCAACUUGCUCUACUUACAUCUGGAGUCCAACCGGAUCCGCUUUCUGGGCAAGAAUGCCUUCGCCCAGCUGGGAAAGCUGCGCUUCCUCAACCUCUCUGCCAACGAGCUGCAGCCCUCCCUGCGCCACGCGGCCACCUUCGCGCCGCUGCGCUCGCUCUCCACGCUCAUUCUCUCGGCCAAUAGCCUGCAGCACCUCGGCCCGCGCGUCUUCCAGCACCUGCCACGCCUUGGUCUCCUCUCGCUCAAGGGCAACCAGCUCACGCAUCUCGCCCCGGAGGCCUUCUGGGGCUUGGAAACCCUGCGGGAGCUGCGCCUGGAGGGUAAUCGGCUGAGCCAGUUGCCGGUGACGCUGCUGGAGCCUCUGCACAGCCUGGAGGCGCUGGACCUGAGCGGCAACGAGCUGACCGCCCUGCACCCCAGUACCUUCGGCCGCCUGGGCCGGCUGCGCGAGCUCAGCCUGCGCGAUAACGCGCUCAGCGCCCUCUCCGGAGACAUCUUCGCCGCCAGCCCGGCCCUCUACCGGCUGGAUCUCGACGGCAACGGCUGGACCUGCGACUGCCGGCUGCGGGGCCUGAAGCGCUGGAUGGGAAACUGGCACUCGCAGGGCCGGCUGCUCACCGUCUUCGUGCAGUGUCGCCACCCCCCGGCCCUGCGGGGCAAGUACUUGGAUUACCUGGAUGACCAGCAACUGCACAACGGCUCGUGCGCUGACCCCGCUCGCUCGGCCUCCCCGACCGCAGACGGUAAGCGGCGGCCCCGACCUACAGCCCCGGGGAAGGAGAUGGUGCCCCCUGCUGUCGACCCCUCGGAGGAGCUGCCGCCGCCGCCGCAGCCCCAGCAGCGAGGGCGAGUUUUGCCUGGGCUGGUCCGCGAUGGGGUCUCCAGGGAGUUCCCCGGCAACCGCAGCGCCCUGAGACUGAGCCGGCGGGGACCUGGCCUGCAGCAGCCCGGCCCCUCGGCCGCGGCCCCAGCGCCACCCGCCCUGGAUCGUCUCAAGAACCCGGACCCCGGCCGCCCGACCGCGCUGCCCACCGUGACGGCAGCGGUGGGCUCCGAGCCCCCGCGGGCCAGCGGCAAACCCUGGCAGCGCGCGGCCAAGCAGCGCGCCGCGGCGCCGCCGCAGCCGCAGGAGAGCGCCGGCGGCCACCCCGACGGCGGGGCCGGCCUGCCGCCGCUGGUGUCCGACCCGUGCGACUUCAACAAGUUCAUCCUGUUCAACCUGACGGUGGAGGCGGUGGGCGCCGACAGCGCGUCGGUGCGCUGGGCCGUGCGCGAGCAUCGCAGCCCCCGGCCGCAGGGCGGCGCGCGCUUUCGGCUGCUCUUCGACCGCUUCGGGCAGCAGCCCAAAUUCCACCGCUUCGUCUACCUGCCCGAGCGCAGCGACUCGGCCACGCUGCGCGAGCUGCGCGGGGACACCCCCUACCUGGUGUGCGUGGAGGGCGUGCUCGGGGGCCGCGUGUGCCCGGUGGCGCCCCGGGACCACUGCGCCGGGCUGGUCACGCUGCCGGAGCCGGGCCGGCAGGGCGGCGUCGACUACCAGCUGCUGACCUUGGCGCUGCUGGCCGUCAACGCGCUGCUGGUGCUGCUGGCCCUGGCCGCCUGGGCAUCCCGCUGGCUGCGGAGGAAGCUGCGGGCCCGGCGGAAAGGCGGCGCGCCCGUGCACGUUCGCCACAUGUACUCCACCCGACGGCCGCUGCGCUCCAUGGGCACCGGCGUGUCGGCCGACUUCUCGGGCUUCCAGUCGCACCGGCCGCGCACCACCGUGUGCGCGCUCAGCGAGGCCGACCUCAUCGAGUUCCCCUGCGACCGCUUCAUGGACAGCUCGGGCGGUGCGGGCGCGGGCGGCAGCUUGAGGCGGGAGGACCAUCUCCUGCAGCGAUUUGCCGACUAGGUCCCCACCAUCCUCCCGGAGGGGA